AAAACGUGAAGUUGCUUUGACAACCACACGCUAAAAUGGCAACUGAACGGCCCGAAUCCAUGUACGAAAAUACCAGAUUAAAUCUCCUCGAAGUCAUAGAGGAGAGAAACCGUGCCCUUAACAAGAAAUCCCUUCUUCACAGACUGGUAUAUGUAGCAAAACUUACUGAUUCAUUACAGGACAAGAGGGAUUUAGGAGCUCAUUAUGAAAAACAGUUCAAGAAUUGGCAGAAUCACUUCCAAGGUGAAGGGGCAACGGGAAUGUUGUUGGUCUACCCCAAUCACUUUGUUCAUCUCGUCGAGUCCUCAAGCGAGAUGCUGAUGGCCCUGGUGCGUGACCUGCGUGACCUGAUCCAGGAGAAUCACUUGGUGGAGCAGAGUAAGAUCCUGGUGGUCUCCAGCAACGUUCCGACCAGGCUCUUCUCCCAGUGGAGCUUCAGGGUGCUCAACCUCCCGGCCUCCAGGCUCCAGGAGUACGAGACCACCGAGCCCAUCGAGAAACUGGCCCCAGAGUGUCUUGCCCUAAUGCUGAAACUUGGAUCCUAUCUCAGCAAACAACCCAAAAUCACAUUAAAGACCGUGAUGGACCAGCUCCAUGAAAAAGUGUCUGACCUUCUGAUCCCUCAAGAUUUGAUCGGUUAUCUACUCUUCACACCCGACCUUUGCACCCCGGCUGAGUUCCUGAACAGAUACGAUCAGCCAAUGGACGUGGUCUUAGACAAUGAACUUGUGUGGCCUCUCCCAACCAAGAACUUUCCGAUCAACUGAAUCUCAGGACAGUGUCUUUCUAGUAUCAUAUGAUGAUAAGGACAAUUAAAUCAUACUAUGAGGAGAUGUUUCACAGUGCAGAUGGUCCUGUAGUCAAUAGCCAAGCUGCAUAAUGAUGUGUCGAAAAAAGAGUGUCCACAUGUUGUCUCAGCUUAUAAUGAUACAUUUUCUGGCAGUUGCUACAGUGCCGAUCUUGGGGAUGGGGGGGGGG